AUGGCGCAGGCUGCGCAGAAGCUGGUGACGGCCAUCACCACCCAAGGGCCCAAGCUUGUUUCUGCUGCUAUCACUUAUUCAAAGCCUCGCCUGGCCACUUUUUUGUACUAUGCUAAAGUUGAAUUGGUUCCCCCAACUCCUGCUGAAAUUCCUAAGGCCAUUGAUGGCAUGAAAGGAUUGGUGAAGAGCAUGCAGACUGGUCGCAUCAAACAGCUCACUGUCAAGGAAGCUCUGAGGAACGGCUUGGUGGCUACUGAAGUGCUAAUGUGGUUUUACAUCGGCGAAAUCAUAGGCAAACGUGGCCUGAUUGGCUAUGAUGUUUGA